AUGUUCAAUAAAGCUAAAGCUUUUAAACUCUUUCAACAGACAUACAGAAGAGAAGGCAACGACUUGUCCAUGACCCAUAAGAUCGGCCUUGUUGAAGCACUUUGUGGUUUCCAUUUCACAUUGAAACACUUAGAUGGUAGACAGAUUGUGGUGAAAUACCCAGCUGGCAAAGUCAUUGAGCCAGGUUCAGUCAGAGUUGUCAGAGGGGAAGGCAUGCCACAGUACCGUAACCCCUUCGAGAAGGGUGACCUGUUCAUCAAGUUUGACGUGCAGUUCCCAGAAAACAAUUGGUUAAGCCCAGAGAAGCUGUCGGAAUUGGAGGAUUUGCUGCCCACACGGGCCGAUCCACCCGUCAUCUCUGGAGACGCAGAGGAAGUGGAAUUGCAGGAGUUUGUAAGCCAGAGCUCCUCUGGUGGUCACCGCCGUGAGGCGUACAACGACAGCUCAGAUGAAGAAGGAGGGCAUCACGGUCCUGGCGUGCAGUGUGCCCAUCAGUAACCCUGACUACAGCAAAUAUCUUGUCUGGCUCCAACAGUGGGGAUUUAAAAAAAUGAUCUAGUUGCACAACAAACAGGUGUGUUUAUAAUCUGAUUCGGGGCUGCCUUAAAUGAUGAGAAUUACAUACAGCCAUUCCUGACCACCUGAUUCCCUUGUAGUAAACGCACAGAUGAUCCCGCAUCUAGUAACUCUUUCUUGCCCCUCCUCCUCUCCCAGCGGCCCUUUAGGGACAACCCCACUUCAGAGAGAAAAGGGUAAUUGCUACGUACUCUGUGUGUAACUUGCUUUUUUUUUGUCAUAGUAUUCACAAGUUUAAAUCUAACCAUAAAAUGCAGUUUUGGCCCUGGACAUGAGCCUUUUUAUUUUUUUUAUUUAAAUUUUUUUUUUGGAGAGCAGUGGCCUAACGGAAGAGGAGUUGAGAGAUCCUAAAACAACAAAAACAAAAUAGAAAUGGGACUUCACCACCAAUCCAUUUUUAGAUUUGUUUGUAUCUGUGCGCUAUUUUUACCACUUUAUUUUAUUUGUAGAUUUUUUUAUUUUAUUUUUUUUUCCUUUUGGAAUUUUAAGAAUUGGAACAAGAGACUAUAACAUGUAUAAAAUAAGUGAUUGUCAUUUAAGCUUUGUAUCAGCUGCUGUCACAUUUGAGUGUUUUAUGUUUUGAAAUAGUUGAAAUAAAAUCAAUUGCCUAUAUUUGUCAGCAAUCCAGGUGCAUGUUGAACAUUUUGGUCCCUUCACUGAUUGAAAGAGUGACAUCGUGCGUAAUAAAAUGAGUGGAGGAAAAAGCACCUUAACUAUAGGCCUAUAUCUUGUGAAAAUUUGAGUUGAAUAAACUGUCCUUCAAUAUCUCCUCAA